ACUUUGGGACGGCCCCGUUCACCACCAUGGUGUCCACUCCCGAGAACCGCCAGACUUUCAUCACCUCGGUCAUCCGAUUCCUGCGCCAACAUGAGUUCGACGGGCUGGACUUCGACUGGGAGUACCCCGGCUCUCGGGGGAGCCCGCCACAGGACAAGCACCUCUUCACCGUCCUGGUGCAGGAAAUGCGUGAAGCUUUUGAGCAGGAGGCCAAGCAGGUCAGCAAGCCCAGGCUGAUGGUCACUGCUGCAGUAGCUGGCGGCAUCUCCAACAUUGAGGCUGGCUAUGAGAUCCCCCAGCUGUCCCAGUACCUGGACUUCAUCCAUGUCAUGACCUAUGACCUCCACGGAUCCUGGGAGAGCUACACGGGAGAAAACAGCCCCCUCUACAAAUACCCAACUGACACAGGCAGCAACGCCUACCUCAAUGUGGAUUACAUCAUGAACUACUGGAAGGACAACGGUGCCCCUGCUGAGAAGCUCAUCGUUGGGUUCCCGACCUACGGACACACUUUCCUCCUGAGCAACCCCUCCAACCACGGGAUCGGGGCUCCCACCACCGGCCCUGGCCCCGCCGGGCCCUACACCAGGCAGUCUGGGCUCUGGGCCUACUAUGAGAUCUGUACCUUCCUGAAGAACGGAGCUACCGAGGUGUGGGAGGCUUCUCAAGACGUACCCUAUGCCUACAAAGGCAAUGAGUGGCUUGGCUAUGACAACACCAAGAGCUUCAAAAUCAAGGCCGACUGGCUGAAGAAGAACAACUUCGCAGGCGCCAUGAUCUGGGCCAUCGACCUGGAUGACUUCACGGGCACUUUCUGCAACGAGGGCAGAUUCCCCCUGACCACCACGCUGAAGGAGGCCCUGGGCCUGCAGAGUGGAAGUUGCAAAGCGCCAGCCCAGGGUGCUUGUGGACCCCAGCGGUCAUCCUUCAGGGCCAAAGAGUUGUACGGGCCCAUCACGCCCUGUGCUCUGUUGCCUCCCACUCCUGACAGUCCCUAAAGGCAUCCUAGAACC